CAGCCGCCGCAGCCGAAUCGAGCCGCGUGCCCUCCACGCUCCAGCAGCUCCCAGCGCCGCCAUGGCCCCGGUCCUCUGGCCGCGCCUCGGCCGCAUCCUCUGGCUGGCCUGCCUCCUGCCCUUGGCCCCGGCUAGGGUGGCUGCAGGCGUGUAUGAACUUCACCUCACCCCCGAUGGCCCUGCCACCACGGGGGCAGAGGUGACCAUCACGGCCAGCCUGGUGGCUGAUGACAAUGGCAGCCUGGUCCUGCCCGCCAGCACCCGUCUUUACCGCUUCCGCUGGAUUCAUACCCCAUUGCUGCUCACGGGGAAGACAGAUGAGGCUUUCAGCUCCACCAUCCGCGUCGUGGGGAACGUGCCCGGGGACUUCCCGGUCUCCGUCUGGGUCACCGCCGCUGACUGCGGGAUGUGCCAGCCUGUGGCCAGGAGCGUCCUCGUCCUCCCUAUUACAGAGUUCCUCGUGGGGAACCUCGUUGUCACCCAGAACACCUCCCUGCCCUGGCCCAGCUCCUACCUCACCAAGACAGUCCUUAAAGUUUCCUUCCUCCUCCACGACCCCAGCAACUUCUUCAAGACCGCCUCGUUUCUCUACAGCUGGGACUUCGGAGACGGCACCCAGAUGGUGACCAAAGACGCUACAGUCUAUUAUAACUAUUCCAUCGUUGGAUCCUUCACUGUGAAGGUCAAGGUUGUGGCGGAGUGGGAGCAGGUAACACCGGACGUCGGGAAGGGCGUUGUGCAGAAGACAGGCGACUUCUCCGCCUCGCUGAAGCUGCAGGAAACCCUUCGAGGCAUCCAGGUCUUGGGGCCUACCCUAAUUCAGACCUUCCAAAAGAUGAUAGUGACCUUGAACUUCCUGGGGAGCCCCCCUCUGAACGUGUGCUGGCGUCUUAAGCCCGAGUGCCUCCCGCUGGGGGAAGGGGAAUGCCACCCUGUGUCAGUGGGCAGCACGGCUUACAACCUGACCCACAUCUUCAGGGAUCCUGGGGACUACUGCUUCAGCAUCCAGGCCGAGAACAUUAUCAGCAAGACGCAUCAGUACCACAAGAUCCAGGUCUGGCCCUCCAGCAUCCAGCCUGCUGUCUUCGCUUUCCCGUGUGCCACACUCAUCACCAUGAUGCUGGCCUUCAUCAUGUACAUGACCCUGCGGAACGCCGCUCAUCAGAAGGACAUGGUGGAGAACCCAGAGCCGCCCACUGGGGUCAGGUGCUGCUGCCAGAUGUGCUGUGGGCCCUUCUUGCUGGAGACGCCAUCGGAGUACCUGGAAGUUGUCCGCGAGAACCAUGGGCUGCUGCCGCCCCUCUACAAGUCUGUCAAAACUUACACAGUGUGAACACCCCCCUGCCCCCGACCUGGUUUCAGCAUUAACUGACUGCUGACUGGGAGUUGUGGGCAGGGCGGGGCAGGGUGGUGCACGCUGCCCAGCAGGAGGGGUUCAUGUGUGCAGGGCUGUCCACCCUGGAUGGCCAUCCAUUUUUACAGUCCAGCUGCCUCCACAAGCCCCCCUCCAUCACACCCCCUAGCCAUCCAUCCAUCCACCUAUACAGUUGUAAGCCCCUCUCAGUCAGUCCCACUCCUUGGCUUUGAAGAGGCCCCAAGUGGGACUGCAACACCAGACAUGGUCCUUGUUCUCUCCUAAGUGUGCCUACUUAGGCUACUCCUUGUCCAUUCCUCCCCUAUUGGCACAUUUGCUGUCUAUCUUGGGUUCACAGUUGCUUCCCCCAGACAGCCCUGCCCAGGUCAGAGAGCUGGAAGGAAGGUCACAAAUGGAUAAUUUAAGGCUGCAUCACAAAAGGUCAUACAUACAGAGACAAGUGUGCACACACGCCACACAGACAUUUCAGAUGAUUUCCUCUGUACCAAUUAGGUGGUUGCUGGGAUGUACCCUGAAUCAGCACUAAAAUGAAAUCUGACCUUUCCCACAUGGCCCUGACGGUUCCUGGGCCUGGCCCCUCCCUUUGUGUGCUGUCCCUGUGGCUACUGGCUCCCUUUCUAAGGACACCCUGUUCCCUCUCUGCUUGCUGGGGAUUGGGUGGGGGCAGGGCUAAUGCUUUGUGAGUGCAAAGUGCUUUAUAAAUAGCACCUUCUUUUAUUGAGUCCAUGUUAAACUUUCAUUGAGGAAAAGGCUUUGCAGCAAAAAAACAGUCAAGCCACGGGGACUUGGGUACCCGGAGGGGGAGGGUACAGUGUUCUUGCCCCCCCAGCUGCUCCCAGGGUGGCCUUGAGAAGGAAGAGGCAGGACUGGAUGGAACCUGGGGGAGGGGGACCAGCCCACUCCUCUUUCUUUGUUGGCCCAGCAGCCUGGGGGAGGCAGAGGAUGUGCAGAGAGUGUGUUAUGGGUGCAGAGGGAGACCACGAUUAGGCCCCCAUUGAACUGUGCAGGAUUAGGGAGCAACCUGGGCCUGCCUGGGGAGGGGAGGCAGGGCCGUGGGGGCUGAGCUUUGUUGCUGUAAUCGUUUGCUCUCAGACUUUGUGCUGAAAACAGCAUUCCCACUGUUGUGCAGCUCCUACUCAUGAAAUACUGCCAUUAUUGCUGAAUAAAGCUUGUGUGCUCUGAGUAUAGCCAA